AUGCAAUCUUCUUGCACAGCUUGUCAAUAUUCUCACUUCCUGUUGGCAUCAAGCAGAAAGUUUAUCUAUAACAGUGUCAAUAACAGCAUACCUCGCACUCUUCAUUCAUCACAUUACCUCCAUAUAUUCAAAUCACACAUCAUGUCCUCAGAACCUUAUGAUCCUUAUAUCCCAGCUGGAAGUGCAGCUCCUGCCGCUGGUGGAAGUGGUGCGCCCGCACAAGGUGGUCAACAGAACAAGAAGAUCGCGGCAAUCCAACAACAAAUCGAUGAAACAGUCAACACAAUGCACGACAAUAUCCAAAGAGUCGCUGAGAGAGGAGAGAGGUUAGAUGCUUUACAGGACAAGACUGACACACUCGCCGUAUCAGCUCAAGGAUUCAGGAGAGGAGCUAAUCGAGUUCGUAAACAAAUGUGGUGGAAAGAUAUCAAAAUGAGAAUUAUCAUUGGUGUUGGUAUUGCAGUAUUGAUAAUUAUCAUUGUUGUACCAAUUGUCAAAGCGUGA